UGUACAAAGAACUUUUCAAAAAUUAUGAAAAUGUUUAAGUACGCAUCGAGGGUAAAAUACCUAAGUUAAAAGUAAAAAGUGAGAAAGGAAAGCAGGUAAAAGGGUAAAACCCCAGUGGGGAGAACAAGCGGCGCAUAAACCCUCUACCUAAUUUUCAUUUUCAACCCCUUCAAUUUAUUUUUCCACGCGCGGCUGGAUCUUCCCGAGCAACUUGAGAUCUCAGAGCUGCUGCUGCUGAAGAACGCUCGCAAGUUUUGCUUCAACUUUUUCUGAAUUGGCAGUCUCUUUUAAAUUUUAAUCCUUUUUUUCUUCUUGAAGCAUUCUCGAGAGAACACCAAUAAUUCCUCCUUUUCUUUUUCUGUUUUGCUCUAUUGUUUUGGUAUACAUACAUAUAGAGGAACGACCACUGUCAUGUAAUAGGAAGUUGAAGUUUCAUAUAGGGACCAGGGAGUCCUUGGAACAAAUCCAUGUCGUAGCUAAGGCAUCUGCAAGUGAGUAUUAGCUGAAACUGGAAUAAAAAAAAAUUGGCUCUUUUUGAUUGGUUCUUUAGUUUUUGUGAGAAAAACAAAUGGCUUCUGGGAAAGGACCUCGUAAAAAGGGUCAACCUUCGAUUAAGCAUAGUUGCAACUUCGCUGAGGCUAAGAGGAAGCUGUCAAAGAUCAGUGAUCAUGAACAUGUUGAGGAUCAUCCCCAGAGGCGCACGAGACCAAGAGGAUCUUCAAAGUUGAGUCAAAUGCUGAGCAGAGAUGCGCUGAUCUCAGCAGUUGACUUGAUGUGGGAUCGCUCCGAUAGUACAGGUUCCCCUGCUGAACAAAAGGCUAAUAAGUCUCAGUUGGUGAGAGUUUCCGAGAAGAUGUGCUAUAGCCAAUCUUCGGAGGCUAGAUGGGAGAGAGACAAACUGUACAGCUGGAUGGAAGGAGUAGCUCCCACCAUUACCAGGCUUCAUAAGGGAGAUGCUGAGAUUGAGAAGCAAGAAAGCUGCUGUGCUGAGGAGGGCCACUCAACUCCAAGGAGUCCUCUUUUAGAAUCUAUGGAUAACCCACACGAAGACAGCUUAUCUAUACUUGAGGGAGAUAGAAAAGACAAAGAGCAUGAAGCUUGUUCGUCCUUUGCUAAACAUGGGCAUGCUUUUGCCGGUGCCUUGGCUGGUGUCAGCGUCAGUCUUUGUCUUCACCCACUUGAUACAGUCAAGACAAUGAUUCAAUCAUGCCGCUUCCAAGACAAGUCUCUAUGCUACACCGGGAGAUCAAUCAUAUCUGAAAGAGGUGUUUCUGGACUUUAUCGGGGGAUUGCUAGCAACAUUGCCUCAUCAGCUCCUAUCUCUGCCCUUUAUACAUUCACUUAUGAAUCAGUUAAAGGAGCUCUUCUCCCUGUUUUCCCUAAGGAAUAUUGCUCCCUUGCCCACUGUGUAGCCGGGGGUUCCGCAAGCGUUGCAACUUCUUUUAUCUUCACGCCAAGUGAGCGUAUCAAACAGCAGAUGCAAGUUAGUUCACAUUAUCGCAACUGCUGGACUGCAUUAGUUGGAAUCAUCCAGAAAGGUGGUCUACUUUCUUUAUAUGCUGGAUGGAGUGCAGUGCUUUGUAGAAAUAUCCCUCACUCGAUCAUUAAGUUCUAUGUUUAUGAAAACAUGAAGCGAAUGGUAUUACCAUCCAUUGGUCCUUGUGGUCAAGCGGCUCAACCCACAACAUUGCAAACGCUCGUCUGUGGAGGACUAGCGGGAUCUGCUGCUGCCUUUUUCACAACCCCGUUUGAUGUAGUGAAAACAAGAUUACAAACUCAGAUUCCUGGAUCUAAGACCCAACAUCCUAGUGUGUAUCAAGCUCUUCAAUCAAUACGGAAACGAGAAGGUCCACGAGGGCUAUACAGAGGUUUGAUCCCCAGACUGGUGAUGUACAUGUCCCAAGGAGCUAUAUUCUUUGCUUCAUAUGAAUUUUACAAGAGUAUACUCUCUCUGAAGAUCUCUCAGCUCGCUGGCACAAAACAAAAGAUGGAGAUAACCCUAACCCAUUAUAGGACAAAGAUUGUAAUACUUUAAGCAUUACCAUUUUUGGGCUAUCUAACUAUUGAUUUGAUGAAAAUUCAUUUGUUCAAAGUACUUUUUUUUGACCGGAGAGAGAAAAGAGGAAGAUGAUCUCAUUA